CAAAGCGAGAAAUGAAUCAACUACCACGCACGUGCACCAAACGUUAGGAAACCACGUGAUGACUCGGAAGCUGAGCUGAAACAGAAAAACCGGGUGUUGGGCUGCUAACUGUUAGCUGGAGUCGUACGAAACUCCAACUUGUGAGUCCCCCCAUUAGAAAGUAUUUAUAGGAUACAAGUUUGGGAAAGUUGAGCAUCGACUUUUGUUCCUUUUUGUCUAUAUAAUUUGAAUAAGCAAGCCAGCCAAGCACCACAUACUUGAUUUGAUUCAAAUAUGGGAUCACAGUCUGAAUCUGUUUGUGUGACGGGCGCUUCCGGUUUCAUCGGCUCAUGGCUCGUCAUGAGACUCUUAGAGCGCGGUUACACUGUUCGAGCCACCGUGCGAGACCCUGCGAAUCAGAAGAAGGUGAAGCAUCUGCUGGACUUGCCAAAGGCCGAGACGCACUUGACGCUGUGGAAGGCUGACCUGGCCGACGAGGGAAGCUUUGAUGAAGCCAUUCAAGGCUGCACCGGAGUGUUCCAUGUCGCCACUCCUAUGGAUUUUGAGUCCAAAGACCCCGAGAACGAAGUGAUCAAGCCAACAAUAAAUGGGGUGCUAGACAUCAUGAAGGCAUGCCUCAAGGCAAAGACAGUUCGAAGGCUGGUGUUUACAUCCUCUGCAGGAACCGUGAACGUCGAAGAGCACCAGAGGCCAUCCUACGACGAAACCAACUGGAGCGAUGUUGAAUUUUGCCGCUCUGUCAAAAUGACUGGUUGGAUGUACUUCGUCUCCAAGACUCUAGCUGAGCAAGCUGCAUGGAAGUUUGCCAAAGAAAACAACAUUGAUUUCAUUACCAUUAUCCCAACUCUUGUGAUUGGCCCAUUUCUCAUGUCAUCCAUGCCACCAAGCCUCAUCACCGGACUUUCCCCACUCACUGGAAAUACAUCUCAUUAUUCGAUUAUAAAGCGGGGGCAGUUCGUUCACUUGGACGACCUCUGCCUCUCUCACAUAUACUUGUACGAGCACCCUAAAGCAGAGGGCCGCUACAUUUGUUCUUCACAUGAUGCUACAAUUUACGACAUUGCAAAAUUGCUGAGAGAAAAAUACCCCGAGUACAAUAUUCCCACAAAGUUCGAUAACAUUGAGGAGAACUUGACCAAAGUCCAUUUUUCUUCAAAGAAGUUGACGGACCAAGGGUUUGAGUUCAAAUACAGCUUGGAGGACAUGUUCGUAGGGGCUGUUGAUACCUGCAGGGCAAAGGGUUUGAUCCCAAUUCCUGCUGAGAAACAUGAGGCUGACGACAACACCGUCGUCGAUGUCAAAGUCGCCGGUUAAGAAAAAAACAUUGAUCAAUAGUUGAGGUUUACAUUUUGUGUCAUGGAUUAGUGUCUGUUGGGUUCUUUUUUUGCCGGUGGUGUUUUUCUGGCUGGAGUUGAUCUCUGUUGUUAAAGGGCUUCAAAUAAAACUUUAUUGGGUUUGUGUAUGCAAAUGUGGCUAUGUAGAAAAGUUAAUCUGCAAUUAACUAUGAUCCAAUCUGGCUAUAUAUUAA